AUGGAGGAAACCGAUUCCUACAGCAACAAAGGCAAGCAGAACUGGGAUUCUAAUUCACCUCCCACCCAUACUGACAGCGAAACGAAAUGCUGUAGAGGCAACCCGGAUGGAGCCAAGAUACGCGUUUUCGCUCGUAACCUUGUUCCAAUCGGGAAGGAAUCCGGCGGGGCGGGGGAGAAGAAGAACGAUCUGCCAUUCUUGGUGUUCCUUCAAGGAGGGCCAGGGUUUGAAGUCGAAUUACAAAGUAAUUCGGGAUUUGCCAAAGAGAUCCACGAACAAGGCUACCAGACACUCUGGCUCGACCAGCGAGGUACUGGGCUCAGCACGGCCAUCUCCUACGAAACACUACCCAGCCAUCUCACCACCGAUGAAGAAAAAGCUCAAUACUUUAAAUUCUUCAGAGCUGAUAGCAUCGUUAAUGAUUGUGAGACCAUCCGCAAGUCUCUCUUGAGUCACCUCCCAGAGGAUCAACAGAAAUGGUCCAUCCUGGGCCAAUCAUUUGGCGGGUUCUGCGCCAUUACGUAUCUUUCUUUCCGUCCUGAAGGAUUAAAGGAAGUUUUCACAACAGGAGGAUUAGCACCUUUAGUGGAUAGUCCAGAUCCCGUCUACGAGGCUCUGAUAGCUAGAGUUGUCAAGAGGAACAAGAUCUAUUACCAGAAGUACCCAAAGGAUAUCAAGAGAGUCAAAGAGAUUCUAGCGUACCUCAGCAAGAAUGAAUUGCUGCUUCCCAAUGGCGGACGUCUUACGCCGAAUAGAUGGUUGCACUUAGGUAUUGCGUUUGGAAUGCACGGCGGUAUCGAUGCGGUUCACCAGCUCGUUUUCAGAGCGUCCACCGAUUUGGAAAUGUUCGGUCGUUUAUCUUACAAGACACUACAGAAAGUCCAGUAUAGCCAAAGCCUCGAUGGCAACCCCCUCUACGCUGUGUUGCAUGAGCCAAUAUAUUGCCAGGGGACUGCACCUAAUUGGUCCGCGUCUCGCGCUCUCGCGAAGCACCAUCAGUUCCACUGGAAUAAAGUCGAUCAGUUGGGUGAGAAUGAGCCAGUGUACUUUGCUGGGGAAAUGAUCUUCCCAGACAUGUUCGACGACUACAGCAACCUUCGACCCUUGAAAGGUAUCGCUGAGAUUCUCGCCAGGGACAGUACUUGGGGUCCGUUAUACGAUCUUGAGCAACUAGCAAGGAAUGAAGUCAAGGUUUCUGCAGUAACCUACAUGGAGGACAUGUAUGUGGACUUUAACUUUGCCCAAGAUACAGCGGCGAAGAUCAAGAACACCGAACAAUACAUCACUAAUCAACUCUUUCACAAUGGCCUCACUCGCGAUUCCAAGGACGUUAUGAAGAGGUUGUUCGACCUGUCAAAGAGGGUAUAUGACUAG